UUGCUGCUUCUCCCGCCCAAAACUGGACAUUUUGUCCCAUUUUUCUCUUCUUAACAUUUUUAACUCCUUUUUUCUUUUUUCCUCAAUUUCCCCGCCCAUUUAGCGCCUUUCUGGACAAACAAAAUAAAAAAAGUAUUUUUCUCCCACACGCAUUCUUUGUUGUUUUUUAUUCACAAAAAAAUUUUUCGCGCCGCUUAAUUAGCGGCGCAUCUCCCCUCCUCCCUUAACCUUUUUUAAAUCCUUUUUAGAAAUCCUUUUUAGAGGAAAGACUCCACCCUUCUCUAAACUUAUUUUUAUUUUUCUUUAAAAAGAAUUUCUUUUUUAGUAAUAAUAAUCUUGGGGGCAUUAAGAAAUCCUUUUUAAAAACAUUUAAAAUGAAAAAACAAAAAACUUUUUAAGUGUUUAUUUCCCCUUUUUUGAGGUUUUUUUAUUUUCAGAAAAUGGCAAAAAUUUCGUCGUCCUUUUUUGCACUCUUUUAUUGUUUUUUAUUCAAUUUUGUUCCAAUUUGGACGGCCUAUUUUUCACAAUUUUCUUCUCUUCGACAGCCAGAUAGAGAUCCUUGUUAUGAUUCUGCUGGGAGACCUGUUAGAUGUGUUCCUGAUUUUAUUAAUGCUGCCUUUGGAAAGCCAAUUGUAGCUUCUAGCACUUGUGGAACUAAUGGAAAACCUUCGAGGUAUUUUUAA